GGGAGCUACAGAUUGAUUUGGCAAUGCCUUCUCAGCUGCAGUUUCGGAUGUUAGUUAGUCGGUGAGAGAAGUUGAAGGCAGUGUGGUUUCAGCACGGCUGACACGCUCACAAUGGCGCUCCGGUGGGCCAAUUAUUUUUUCCCGUUAUUAUUAACAAUUGGAGUGUUUCUCCUCGCAUCUAACCCGCAGCCUGUCCUGUCGUGCCCCAGCCGUUGCUUAUGUUUUCGUACCACCGUGAGAUGCAUGCAUUUAAUGCUGGAAUCUGUACCUGCUGUGUCUCCUCAAACGACUAUCCUUGACUUGAGGUUUAACAGAAUAAAAGAUAUUCAGCCUGGCUCUUUAAGACGACUUAAAAAUCUCAACACACUGCUCCUGAACAAUAAUCAGAUUAGAAGAAUUCCACGAGGAGUAUUUGAAGAUUUGGAGAACCUUAAAUAUCUCUAUUUGUACAAGAAUGAAAUCGCAUCAAUUGACAGGCAAGCAUUUAAGGGACUUGUCUCUCUAGAGCAACUGUACCUCCACUUCAAUCAAAUAGAAACCUUGGAUCCAGAAUCCUUCACUCACCUUCCAAAACUUGAAAGACUAUUUUUGCACAACAACAGAAUAACACAUUUGGUGCUGGGGACAUUCUCACACUUGCAGUCAAUGAGAAGGCUUCGUUUAGAUUCCAAUGCCUUGAACUGCGACUGUUCACUCCUUUGGUUGGCGGCUCUGCUGAAGCAGUAUGCAGAAUCUGGAAACGCACAGGCAGCUGCUACCUGCGAGUAUCCCAGGAGACUGCAGGGCCGGUCUGUAGCCACCCUCUCCGCUGAAGAGCUCAGCUGUGAGAUCCCAAGAAUCACAUCCGAACCCCAGGAUGUGGAUGUUACUUCGGGAAACACUGUGUAUUUCACCUGCAGAGCAGAAGGCAACCCCAAACCAGAAAUCAUCUGGCUUCGGAAUAACAAUGAAUUGGACAUGAGGGACGACUCUCGUUUAAACUUGCUAGAAGAUGGCACCCUAAUGAUCCAGGAUACCCGUGAAACUGACCAAGGAGUUUACCAGUGCAUGGCAAAAAACAUUGCGGGAGAAGUGAUGACUUCUCAAGUCACUCUUCGGUACUUCGGGGCACCAUCAAGGCCCAGUUUUGUAAUCCAGCCUCAGAACACUGAGGUGCUAGUUGGAGAGAGCGUCACCCUGGAGUGCAGUGCCACAGGGCAGCCUCAUCCACGGAUCUCCUGGACCAAAGGAGACCGCACUCCUUUACCUAGCGAUUCCCGCAUUGCCAUUACCUCCUCCGGAGGGCUCUUCAUACAGAAUAUCAGUCAGGCUGAUGGGGGACAGUACACAUGCUUCGCAAGCAACAAUGUUGAUACGAUCCACGCAACAGCAUACAUCAUAGUACAAGCCACGCCUCAGUUUACUGUCAUCCCAGAGGAUCAGGUAGUGGUGGAGGGGCACACUGUGGACUUGAUCUGCGAGGCACAAGGCUAUCCACGUCCUGAAAUAGCUUGGACCAGAGGAGGAAGUCCACUGCCUACUGACAGAAGACGUGUAGUUCUGUCUACGGGAACGCUGCGAAUUGCUAGGGUCGCCCCUCAUGACCAAGGCCAGUAUGAAUGUCAAGCCAUCAACAUCGUGGGCUCUGUUAGAACUGCAGUGCAGCUCACUGUACAACACAGAGUAACGCCUGUUUUCACAAAUGCUCCAAGGGACUUGACGGUGGAAUCUGGCAGUGAUGUACAGAUUCCCUGCAGUGCUCAGGGAGAGCCUGAGCCAGUGAUCACAUGGAACAAGGAUGGUGUUCAGGUAACAGAAAGUGGAAAGUUUCAUGUCAGUUCAGAGGGCUUCCUGGCUAUUCGGGAUGUAGGACCAGCAGAUCAAGGGCGAUAUGAAUGUGUUGCCAGGAACACCAUCGGGUACUCCUCUGUUAGCAUGGCUCUGACAGUUCAGGUCCGUGAAAUGAGUCGAAAUGGAGAUCCAUUUGUUGCAAUCUCGAUCAAAGAAGCAAUUGACACUGUUGAUCGUGCUAUCGACUCAACUCGGAGAAAUCUGUUUGACAGUAAUAAUCCUCGGACACCGAGUGAUCUGCUUGCCUUGUUCCGGUAUCCAAGGGAUCCCAAUACUAUUGAGCAGGCAAGGGCUGGGGAAAUAUUUGAGCGAGCUUUACAGCUCAUUCAAGAGCAUGUAAACCAAGGUCUUACAGUUGACACCAAUGGAACGGCUUUUCGUUACAAUGAUCUGGUGUCUCCAAGAUUCCUGGACAUGAUUGCCAAUUUGUCCGGCUGUACGGCCCACAGACGAAUUAACAACUGUUCCAACAUCUGCUUCCAUCAGAAAUAUCGCAGCCAUGAUGGCACUUGUAAUAACCUGCAGCAGCCAAUGUGGGGAGCCUCGCUGACUGCUUUUGAGCGGCUCCUCAAGUCGGUCUAUGACAAUGGCUUCAACCUGCCCAGGGGGGUCAACCCUGCUAGGCAGAUCAAUGGUCACCCACUGCCCCUCCCACGUUUUGUCUCCACCAGCAUGAUUGGGACAGAAACUAUAACCCCAGACGACAGGUACACCCACAUACUCAUGCAGUGGGGUCAGUUUUUGGACCAUGAUCUUGACUCCACAGUGGCUGCCCUGAGUCAGUCAAGGUUCUCCGAUGGGCAGCAUUGCAGCACGGCCUGUACCAACGACCCUCCCUGCUUCCCCAUCAUGUUUCCACCCAAUGAUCCCAGGACUUUUAGAAACGCAGCCCGCUGCAUGUUCUUUGUCCGUUCUAGCCCUGUGUGUGGCAGUGGCAUGACUUCAAUCCUGAUGAACUCAGUCUUCCCCCGGGAGCAGAUCAACCAGCUCACCUCCUACAUAGAUGCCUCUAACGUAUACGGGAACUCUCAUCACGAUUCAGAGGAGAUCAGAGACCUGGCCAGUCAGAGGGGCCUGCUGAGACAAGGCAUUGUCCAGCGGUCUGGCAAGCCGCUCCUACCCUUUGCCACUGGCCCUCCCACUGAAUGCAUGAGGGAUGAGAACGAGAGCCCCAUCCCUUGCUUCUUAGCUGGCGAUCACAGAGCCAACGAGCAGCUGGGCCUGACCACCAUGCACACACUGUGGUUCAGGGAGCACAACCGGAUUGCCACGGAGCUGCUCAGGCUCAACCCUCACUGGGACGGUGAUACCAUCUACCACGAAGCCCGCAAAAUCGUAGGUGCUCAGAUGCAACACAUUACAUACAGCCACUGGCUUCCCAAGAUCUUGGGGGAAGUGGGAAUGAAGAUGAUCGGGGACUAUAAAAGCUACGACCCCAAUGUCAAUGCUGGAAUAUUCAAUGCUUUUGCCACAGCCGCCUUUCGCUUUGGUCACACUCUUAUUAACCCAAUCCUGUUCCGGCUGGAUGAAAACUUCCAUCCCAUUCCCCAGGGUCACCUCCCCCUUCACAGAGCCUUCUUCUCUCCAUUCCGGAUUGUUAACGAAGGGGGCAUUGAUCCGCUGUUGCGGGGUCUCUUUGCGAAAGCUGGGAAGAUGAGAGUCCCGACGCAGCUGCUGAACACAGAGCUGACUGAGAGGCUGUUCUCCAUGGCUCACUCUGUGGCACUGGAUCUGGCAGCCAUGAAUAUUCAGAGAGGCCGAGACCAUGGAAUCCCAUCGUACAAUGAUUACAGAGUCUUCUGCAAUCUCUCAUCUGCCAGUACAUUUGAGGAUCUGAAGAAUGAGAUUAAGAAUCCCGAUGUAAGGCAAAAACUUGAGAGACUUUACGGCACACCUCUGAAUAUUGACUUAUUCCCUGCCUUAAUGGUGGAAGAAAUGGUCCCUGGCAGCAGACUUGGGCCGACUCUAAUGUGUUUGCUUGCAACACAGUUUAAACGCCUCCGAGAUGGGGACAGGUUCUGGUAUGAAAACCCUGGUGAAUUCACUCCAGGCCAGCUGACGCAGAUCAAACAGACCUCUCUCGCGAGAGUUGUGUGCGACAACAGUGACAACAUCACCAGGGUCCAGCCUGACGUCUUCCAGGUUGCAGAGUUCCCUCAUGGAUAUGUCAGCUGUGAGGAGAUCCCCAGAAUGGACCUGCGGAUGUGGCAGGACUGCUGUGAAGACUGUCGAACCAAAGGGCAGUUUAAUGCCCUUUCUUUCCAUUUUCGUGGUAAACGCUCUGCAGAAUACAGUUUUGCGGACAAAAAACUUUCCAGACAAGAGGACAAAAGUAACAGUCUGGGCUCUGUGGAAGAUGGUGCAGAAACAAUUAAUAAUGUAACCUUGUCGACAAGUCCUGACAAACAAAAACCUGAAACUGCAUUCAAUGACUUUCAAGACUUUGUGGCAGAAAUGCAAAAAACAAUCACAAGUCUACGAAAGCAGAUUAAGAAGCUUGAAUCUCGCCUGAGUGAAUCUGACUGCACUGAUGAAACUGGGAGAGAGCGAUCCAAUAGAGAGAGUUGGAAACGGGAUCCUUGUACCACAUGUGAAUGCAAAGAAGGACAGGUGACCUGUUUUGUGGAGACUUGUCUGGCAGUUGAAUGUCCAAGACCAGUGAAACUUAAAGGCGUGUGUUGUCCAAUCUGCUUGAACCCAGCAUUGAGCAAGAACGAAGAAGUAUAAAUCCAAACACCAGAAAGACUUGCCCUUUUACAGCUGCCUGUGUCGGAAUGUUUCAGUUGGUAACGAGAACUGUUUCCAGAACUGUUUCUGUUCUUCAAUCGCAAAGGGAGCAGGUCUGAUGCAGCCGCUACAGGGCCUGCAGGCCUUCCCACAAGAGGCCCGUUACCAUGGAAACAGUUAAAUGUUGUGGUGUACAUGCUCUUACCUUGUAUUACAGAUAUUCACAAGCUUGGUUACUAAGGAGGGAAUCACAACUGCAAUGAGUAUGAAAGGGUAUUAGAUAAUUAAUAUGACAGGGUGGUUUUAUUGUGUCUGCCAUGUUGUUUAUAAAAACCUUCUCAGGUUAGAAAUGCCAAAUAUUGGUGCUACUAUUUUCCCCUUAACUGUUUUUUGGUCAAACUAUGCAUGGCUACAUAUAUACAUUAUGUGCCUUUAUUCUUGAAUCACAUUUGAGAAUUUUUUUUUUUUUUUAAGUACUCAAGACAUUUUACGUAUAAAGUGACAAAACUUACUGCUUCUUUUUUUACUA